UGAAGACGAAAAGAAGAAAAUAGAUUAGGCCUGAAGACAUGGCUUUGGUAGAUUCAGACGGCAGGGCACACUCCGCGGCUGGCCCAUCCUGAAACCAAACCCUUGCUUGCGGAAGCGUUAGCAUUGGCAGAGCGUCUUAGACAGUUCCGCCGUCGCCGUCGCCCUGCUAUCAUUUCUCGUCAUCCUCGUAGUUCCGUCCAUCUAUCCUAGAAGCAUUCCCUUUUAGGUUAAGCAAUGGACCAAUCAAUUCUCGAUGACAUAAUCAAUCGCCUCCUUGAAGUCCGCGGUCGUCCGGGCAAGCAGGUUCAGUUGUCGGAGUCCGAGAUCCGUCAGCUUUGCCUUGUUUCCAGAGAUAUUUUCUUGCAACAGCCUAAUUUAUUGGAGCUUGAAGCACCCAUUAAGAUUUGUGGCGAUGUACAUGGUCAAUAUUCUGAUCUUUUGCGUCUAUUUGAGUAUGGUGGAUUACCUCCGCAUGCCAACUAUUUAUUUUUAGGGGAUUAUGUGGACCGAGGGAAGCAGAGUUUGGAAACAAUAUGCCUUCUUCUUGCUUACAAAAUAAAAUAUCCUGAAAACUUUUUCCUGUUGAGGGGGAACCAUGAAUGUGCUUCUAUAAACCGCAUAUAUGGAUUUUAUGAUGAGUGUAAGAGAAGGUUCAAUGUAAGGUUAUGGAAGACAUUUACUGAGUGUUUCAACUGCCUACCUGUGGCAGCCCUUAUUGAUGAAAAGAUUCUGUGUAUGCAUGGGGGACUUUCUCCUGACUUGCAUAAUUUGGAUCACAUCAGAAAUCUGCAGCGUCCAACUGAUGUACCAGAUACAGGUUUGCUUUGUGAUCUUCUUUGGUCAGACCCGAGCAAAGAUGUUCAAGGAUGGGGAAUGAAUGACAGGGGAGUUUCAUAUACAUUUGGUGCUGAUAAGGUGUCAGAAUUUCUUCAGAAACAAGAUCUGGAUCUUAUUUGUCGUGCUCAUCAGGUUGUGGAGGAUGGUUAUGAGUUCUUUGCUGACCGACAGCUAGUAACAAUAUUUUCAGCACCUAAUUAUUGUGGAGAGUUUGACAACGCUGGUGCUAUGAUGAGUGUUGAUGAGACGCUAAUGUGCUCUUUCCAAAUAUUAAAGCCAGCGGAUAAAAAGCCAAAGAUCAAUUUUGGAAGUAGUACAACAACUGCUAAGCCUGGAAGUUCUCCAGCAGGUAUAAAGGUAAAAAGUUAGGCCAUUUGCUCAAUAUCAAUAGUCCUUCCUGGGUACAAAAAUUUGAAUUGAAUUUCUGGGGGAAACUGGUGUUGCUUCAAAAAUGAGUGGUCUUGAACUGAGUACUGGCAAGGAAAAGAAACUUGAGUUCCAUGUCGUCUGUUGUGAUGUUCUGAAGCACUUGAUUUCCAUCUAGUCUGCUAUGAUAUGGUGGCGUUGUAAAAUGGCAUAACAUCAUCAUGAACUAACGUGAACCAUUGUUUUUUGCUGGCACGAAGUUGGUUUUCAAGAUCGAAAGCCAUAACCUCCCCCUGGUCUUCCUUGUACACUAGUGCUUGGUUUAUGUUGUUCUGAAGCAUAAGCUUCUCAAGUUCAGAUGGAUACGUCGGCUUAUGUUGCUGAGAACCAUUUAUACGCUUUUACCAUAUUUUCGGCAAAUUCAUCUGGCUGGCAGACCCGGUUCUGGGAGAAUCCUCUGAUAUAUUAUAGUCUCCUGUUUUUCCCCCGGAAA